CUUUGUUGUUGAGUUCGACGUAUCCAUGCAAUUGAGCGCAGAGGAUCUCAUCAGCCGAGCGCAGACAUCUCUAGCAGCCUCCGGCCUUGACUGCACAGCAUCUUCGCGAUUCCAUUUCACUCACGCCGUAUUCCAAGGAGGAUCUUUCAACGUCGACUGCACCAACGAUGGAGUUUCUCGAAAGUCAGUACUGCCGACGCUACAGUCAAUCGAUGGCAUUCACAAGGCAUGGCCAGUAACUUCAGCAACACCGGCCGUCUACAUGCCGAGGAUUCCAGGAAUUUCUGACGGUAAUUGGGGAAGCAUUACUCAUGGAUCGUCCAAGCGCGACUUGUCCCAGAUCUCAGCUCUCAACGCGAGAGACGGCAUCGCAGCCAAUACCUUGCCGACGCACGUGGAUACUGGAGUGUCAAAGCUUCAUGCCAGCAACAUCACGGGCAAAGGCAUCCGUGUGGCUGUUAUUGACAGUGGUUUCGAUGUUGAUACCCCGGGCCUGAGCAAAACCAACAUUGCUUAUGCCCACGACAUGACAGACGGUGAUAAUGAUGUCCGUGACAACUGUUCCUUCCACGGCACGCACGUUUUGGGCAUUGUGGGAGCCAAGGGUGAUGAGGGUAAAUUCGGUGUCGUUGGCGUAGCGCCGGAUGCCACGUAUGAGCUUUACCGUAUUACAGGCUGCACCUCUGGAACUGCGGAUGACGCAAUCAUCAACUCGUUCCUCGAGGCUGCAGAGAGAGGCGUAGAUGUUAUCUCAUGCUCGUAUGGAGGUGAUCUCACUUUCCCUGAAGACCCCUGGUCUAUUGUGGCUACGCGACUAUUCAAUAACGGCACCUAUGUUUCCCUUGUAGCUGGGAAUGGUGGCCCCGGCAUCUUUACAGGCGCCAGUCCCGGAGGCGCAGAUGCCGUUGCCGCCGUCGGGUCUACUGAUAACUCGCAAACUCCUUACUACAACUGGGGAGGCAAUUGGACUGCAGGGGAUGAAGGCGGACCCAUUCGUUUCGUCCCUGGCUUGCCUUUCGACUUCCCAUCAAACGAGGGUUUGACAGUCUGGACUUCAGACACACCCAACACUAAUGGUUGCCAGCUACUUCCGGACAAGUCUACUUUGCCGGCCGACUUGUCCAAAGUUAUCUUCCUCUCCCAGUUCGACCAAUGCUGGAUGGCGGCCGAUAACUCAUCAGUUUCUCUUACCAAAGAGUUUGGCAUUCCGUAUGCCAUGUACUACAGCUGGAGCAAUUACACUGUUUCUGAAGGACCGCUCUUCCUGGAGGUCUCUGCAGCAAAUCAGAAGGGAUAUGUCACGGUCGAUUAUGAAACAGCAAAGCAACUACUGAAUGCGAAGGCGAAACAUGACUCUGUCCAAGUCUUUCUGGCAAAUGACGUCUCUAUUGCAGACGUCAGUCUCACUUACAAGGCAAAUAACCGGUCCGGCCUCCUGAGCACCGCGUUCACCAGCUGGGGUCCAACUCUUCGAGCAGGAUCUAUGCCCGCCUUCCAUGCUCCCGGCGGCAAUAUCUUGAGCACUUUCCCUGGAUGGCUUGGAGGCUACGGAGUAGUUAGCGGCACCAGUCAGGCCACGCCGUUCGUCGCCGGCAUCGCUGCACUUGUCAAACAGCAGCAUCCAGACUACAGCUCUGAAGAGAUCCGAAAUGUGAUCGCAGCCACAUCCCGCCCAGUCAAGUGGUACGAUGGAAUGGGAAACACGGGAGACUUCCUAGCGCCAGUCUUCCAACAAGGAUCUGGUCUUGUCGACGCUUGGGGAGCAGUUAACUCCGCUACAUUACUCGACGCCUCUGCUCUUUCCUUCAAUGACACAGCAAAUCGUCCCAAAGAGUUGACUUUUACCAUCAAGAACACCGGAUUGGAGACUACCGCCUACCAACUGAGUCAUGUUGGAGCCAGCUCUGGCUAUGUUCUCGACAAGGCCGAUGGCUACCAACUCACUAAAGCCGUGGUCUAUCCCGUAUACGCCGAGGUCAACAUUUCCCCCACAACUCUCUCAAUUGGGCCAGGAAAGACUGCCACAGUUUCGGUCUCAAUCUCAAAGGAGCCCGACUUAUCGGAAGCUUCCACUCGAGUCUCCUAUUUUGGCGGCUACAUAAACAUUGAAGCCAAGGGCGCAACCGACGUUGACAGACUCUCGCUACCCUAUACGGGCUUCGGCGCACCCCUCACUACCUUGCACAGCAUCAACCGCGAUAAAUCGUAUCUCUCAGCGUACAAUGUGACCGCCGGCCGGUCAUCGCAUGCUGAAUCAGGCCGCGUUUAUACCUGCACGUUGAACAUGACCGCAGAUGUUCCAGCUUCUUUCCCUGGCAACGAAUUUCCCAGCAUUGAUGUCUCCCUACUCUUGCAGUCGCGUAACAUGACCAUUCGCAUGGUGGAUGCCAAGACCGGAAAGGAAGUCGUCAAAUCAUACCAGAGUACGUCAGAGGACCCUUGGAAUGGUUCAACAUGGUAUUGGGAUGGUUCCGAUGAUAACAAAGCUCCCGUACCCGCUGGUACUUACAAGUGGCGUGUCAAGGCUCUUAAGAUGCUUGGAAAUGCGGAGAAUGAGGAGGAUUGGGAAACCUGGGAAGCCGGUACCUGGGUUUUAGAAUACACUGCUGACAGCAUUUUCUCUUCGAAUUCGACGGGUUCGAAGAGGUAACGCAACACUUAGAUAAGUAGCUAACCAGAGUCGAAUGCGAAAGCAAGUUGUUGGAGUCUGGCGAAGAUAUGUUUUAC